GCCAAGCAAGUUCACUGAUUCCAGAGCGGAGCCAGUAACGGAGCAAAGUUUCCAAAAGUUUUAAAAGACCACGGGGGUGUAAUUACACGAGCUGAAGAAGUGGUUUCACUGCAGAAGAGGAACCCACGCAGAAAAAAAUGCCAGGUGAAAGGUUGACAGUGAGAACUACAUCAGAGAUUGGGCGUUUCCCCGGGGCAGCCCCGCCCACGAGAGUGGAGCUUUCCAUCCAGAAGGAUGAGAAGAAGGAGGAGGGCGGCUGUCGUCGCUGGUUCAGGAAGAUCUGUCCAUGUUGCUGCAAGCGCCAGAACGGCACCUCCUACGAUGUCACCGACAAAGUGGAGCUGACCAAACUCCCCACCCCGGCCCCGGUAGUCGGGCCAGAGCCCAUCAAGCCAAAGCCUGAGAAUGGAGAGACAAAGGAAAUGGAAGAGGUGAAGUUGUCAGUGUGCUCGGUGGAGCUGCUGAGCUCCAAGACGGGUCAGAACCGAAUGGAGCACCACACUGAUCUGUACGAUGGAGAUGAGCUGAUCAUCCGCAGAGGACAGGCCUUCCAGGUGGAGAUGGAGCUCAACCGGCCCUUCAACAAUGACACCGAUAAGCUGCACCUGGAACUGAAAACAGGUCCCUUGCCCAUGGUGUCCAAAGGGACCCACGUCAUCAUCCCGCUGGUGGAGCACCUGGAGGACGAACGCUGGGAGGCCAAGAUCACCGAGCAGAGCGGCAACAAGAUCAAGAUGUCCGUGAACUCUCCAGCCAACGCCGUGGUCGGCCUGUACGGGAUCACCGUGACGACCCGCUCUGGGAAAGGCGAGACAGCAGCGACCCACAACUCCAACAAGAACAUCAUCAUGCUCUUCAACCCUUGGUGUGAAGAGGACACGGUGUUCUUGGAUGAUGAGGAGCACCUGAAGGAAUACGUGCUGAAUGACACCGGGAGGAUUUACUAUGGCACGGAGAAACAAAUUGGUGCUCGUACAUGGAACUUCGGGCAGUUUACGGAAGGAAUUUUGGACGCAUGCCUGUUCAUCCUGGAGAAGAGUGACAUGCCUCCAUCUGGCCGAGGGGACCCGGUCAACGUGGUCAGGGUCAUAUCUGCCAUGAUAAACGCUCAGGAUGACUAUGGCGUUCUGGUCGGGAACUGGUCGGGGGAUUACACCGGUGGCGUCUCUCCUGCGGCGUGGAGCAGCAGUGUGGAGAUCCUGAGGAAAUACCACUCCUCCAAUGGCACGCCGGUCUCAUACGGACAGUGCUGGGUCUUCUCCGGGGUCACUACAACAGUGCUUCGCUGUCUUGGCAUACCUGCCCGCAGUGUGACCAACUUCCAGUCUGCACAUGACACGGACGUGUCCCUCACCAACGACGUGUAUUUUGAUGAGAACAUGGAGCCAAUCGACCACCUCAACAGUGACUCUGUCUGGAAUUUCCAUGUGUGGAACGAUUGCUGGAUGGCCAGACCUGACCUGCCCCCUGGCAACGGAGGGUGGCAGGCUGUGGACUCCACGCCCCAGGAGACGAGCCAGGGCACCUUCCGCUGCGGCCCGGCCUCUAUCAACGCCAUCCGCUCCGGCCAGGUGUUCCUCAAACACGACGCGCCUUUCGUCUUUGCUGAGGUCAACAGUGAUAAAAUCUACUGGCAGAGGAACCUGGACGGUACAUUUAGUCAAAUCCACAGUGAAAAGAAGGCUGUGGGCCAUUGCCUCAGCACCAAAGCAGCUGGCUCUGAGGAGAGGGAGGACAUCACACACCUUUACAAACAUGAAGAAGGUUCAGAGGAGGAGCGCAUUGCUGUGGAGACUGCUAGUCGCUAUGGCAGCAAGCCAGAGGUUUACUCUGCCCCUAUGGCAGAAGAUGUGCGUGUAGAUGUGAAGAUGGAUGGCGAGGGGCCCAAGAUGGGCUGUGAUGCUCAACUGAGCAUUGUGGUGAAGAACAUGAGCUCGCAGGCCCGCCAAGCUACUCUGCACAGCCAGGUGGCAGUCAUGUACUACACCGGCGUGCUGAAGAACGCCAUCAAGAAGGAUAAGAUACCUGUGGACCUUUUGCCCAAUGAAGAAAAGACCAUCGAGUGGGUCCUGCCCUUCCAAGAAUACCAGAACCAGUUGGUGGAUCAGGCUGCGCUCAUGUUGACCCUGUCUGGGAGAGUGAUUGAAACUCAGCAAGUGCUUGCCAACCAGACAACGUUCAGGCUGCGAACGCCUGACCUCACCAUCACGCCUGUGGGAGAAGCAGUGGUCGGUAAGGAAAUGGCAGCAAAGAUUAACUUCACCAACCCCCUGCCGCAUACUCUAAAGGGAGUGGUGUUCAGAGUGGAGGGCCUGGGUCUUCAGAAGGGCCAUGAAGUGAUUGUCGGCGAUGUUGGCGGUCACUCCACCGUGACACUAACGGAGCACUUCAUCCCCACUCACCCUGGACCCAGGAAGCUGGUGGCGUCUCUCGACUGCAAGCAACUCUCGCAAGUGCACGGAGUGGCUAACAUUGUUGUUCUUGAAAAAUGAGAAGGAGCCUUGAGCGUCUUCUCUCACAUCACUUUUUCUAUCAAAAUCGAAACUGACGGUUUCCAAUUAUAUGAAGUGUUAUAUUUCUAUAUCUUUAACAUUAUUGUUUAUUUUGUAUUGCUGCAAAGUUUUGAAAUCUUUUAAUAUUCUAAAACUAACUUAACAAAUGUAGCACCAUCAGUAUUCUUUUUGUUUUUUACAUUUAAGUGGUAUAAACUCAUAUUUUCACCUUCCAAAGGUGAAGUAUGCAGCAAUAUUCAAAUACAAGCACAGUAAACAAUGUUGUAAGUAACAAGCAUGUUGUGUAUCAAAGUUAGAAAUCUCUUCUAACAAUUGGUGCAAUUCAUUUACACUGAAGAUUAUAUGUGAAGGUGCAAAAGUCGGGCCAUUCUAUGAUGAUGUAAAUACUGUAUCUGCAUUGUAACUUGUCUUAAUGUGAAAAAACUGACAAAAUGAACCUCACGUGGCUAAAAUGAAAAGAGGGUACUGUGACAUGUCUGGAAAGGGAAUGGUGCUUAAAUUGGCAACAAGUUUUCAAAAGAAGCCUAUUAAAAUUCCUCAAGUCAACUUUCAUUGAACAUUUUAAAAAUAUUACUGAAACUGAACUAUUGCUGAAUAUUUUAACAAAGGAAAAAAGCAACUAGUGUAGCUACAAGUUAUUUAAUCUUGAGAUUAAAUGCAAUUUUAUGAUGUUUCCUUUGCUACACCACUAUUUCUUUUAUCCAGUGAUAUGGUCUGUUUGUAGAAUGACAAACGUUAUUAUCCAGAAGUCAAUCUUUUACUUCUUGUGUCCAUUUCCUUCAUUACGCGUGUAGAAGACCAGCUAUAGUUCUACAGUACACUGCAGUGAGCCUGCAGAGACCACAGAGGCCUUUAUUCAUCUUAGCUUAUUCCUGGUUCUAAUCGCUUUAACUUCAGCACUCAAUGUACAAUGUGAAGGAAACUAUGUAUAACUAUCAUAAUAUUUAUCUACCUUAACUACUUGGAAUGUUUUUUUUAUCGUCUGUGUUGUGUUGAUAAUAAAGCUCACUGAAACUUUG